AUGCUCGGGGUUUGGCAACUACUUGCAACAGCCGUAUCUUCAACACCACUUCCCUUCGAUGAGCCGGCCUUGUCCGCACAAAGUCCCGUUGUAUACGGCGAGCCAGUUGGGCCACGGACAUCUUUCGUAGUGACUUCCAAGUUCUGUAUCUGUCUAUUGUCCGGACUACUUGGACAUCGCGUCCGUUUGGUUGAUCGAAACACGCUCCACCGCAUAACCCUGACACAGGUGUACGUCUUGGUCCUCUACAUCCUUUCGAUUGGAUUCGUUUUCGCCUCUGCCAUUGUCCACAAUGGCCUCGGUCUCAACGACAACGGAAGCUGUCAGGCUUCGAUGAGAAUUUGCAUCGCCUUCUAUGCGAGUAGUAAGGUGGCCAUGUACUUGUUCCUCGUUGAAAGAGUGCACACCAUGCGAGCGUCCCACCUGUCGCGGAAGCAUGAUGUCUUCUGGCUGCUCAGUACAAUUGCCAUUGUUAUCAGUCUUGGCGCCAUCUGUCUUACUGGUUUCAUCUCACCUGUGUAUUGGCUUUCUAGCGUAGACGGACGCUGCCGAAUUGGACUACAACGAUACGCCGUCAUCCCACUCUUAACAUGCGACAUAGUCAUCAACCUCUAUCUCACACUCGUAUUUAUCUACCUCCUAAGCCCUUUGGUCAAAGACAGCGAGGCAUUCGGUGCAGGUUUUGCAUCUCGAGUAGCACAGGGAAUAGGCAUCUUGAGUCGCACUGCAAAGCAAAAAGCUACCUUCGACCUUCAACGUUCUAACCAAGUCAUGGCACGCAAGUUUGAAAAGUUACUCUGGAAGACGCUCAUUGGAUGCGUGCUCGUCAUUGUCCCAACAGCUGGAAAUCUCGCGGCUCUUACUAUUCUUGUUGGAAAAGAAUUGGCUUUCGCCGCAAUUACGGCAGAAGGAACAUCGGCCACCCCCACAGCCCAGACAGCCAGCGACGCCAGCGAUGCGGAGGAAGCUCUCUUUUCUGUCGGACAUUUCCUUGGAGCUACACAAGAUUGA